AUGGAGGCCUACGUACUUGGAGGUCUGACAGCGGUGCUGCUGCUCGGCAGCGCACUCGCACAGACGAGUCAACCCAUCGACAAAGUAGUGCCUACAUUCGACAAGAUCCAGUCGAGGAAGAGAAGGAGCCUGCUGGGCGCAAAGGGCCUAUUUGGCAACAUGGACUAUUUUGACGAGGACUUCACGGGCAUGCUUGGCGGCCGCAAAGAGCGCAAGGCGCAGGAAAUGAAUGGCUAUCAGAUCUAUGGUCAACCUGCCGUGAUGUCCCCUGAGUUCACCCAGAGCGUGCUGGGCCCUCUGACAGACAACAUGACCACCAUCGGACGCAGGCUCCUGCAGCAAGUCACCCAGCUAACUUUCUACGGAACGAUCAAGCAGGGGGUGGUGUCAGACCGAGCUGUGGCCAACUACGUGUUCGGCCAGGACUCCGUGCCAUUCCUGAACAUCGCGACACAGUCCGGCACCACCUUCACCUUCCUCAAGGCGCUCCUCAUUCUGCCCCAGGAGCAGAGUGCCACAAAUAUGCCCCCCUAUGUCACCUCCACCACUGGGUUCAUGCCCAAGGACUUCACACACCCCACCAUCGUCCACCUCACCACACAGGGUUCCACAGGCUACGCUCCCCAGGUUGCGCUGCGAUUUGAUUAUUCUCAGACAGUGGGCUCGCCGCUCAUCUCACUCUACUAUACAGACCGAGUGGGCACACCCGACCAGGGCAUGAGUUGCUACGCUAUCUUUGUGGCGAUCGCCACGCUUUUCCUGGCUCAAGCUGCAUUUGCACAGACAACUCAGAGUUCCCUGACAAAUGGAGCUAUGUACAUAACAACUCCUAAAGCUCCGCUGAGGAAGAGAAGGCUCUCGGAGAGAUUUGAGGAGGGAUUUGAAGAUGCACCCUACAACCGUCGCAAGCUGCUGACGCUCCCAUUCCAGACAGGAGGCCCAACCUGCACACUUCCCCAGGAGUUCAUCGAGCUCGUCCUGAAUGCGCUGCUGAACCCAACCAACAGCUCGCGCAAGCUGCUGGCCACCUCAGACCGCCUCACCUUCUACGGCUCGAUCAAGCAGCAGCUGCUGACGGACCAGGCUGCGGCGGUGUACAUCUUCAACCAGGACUCGCGCAGCUUCCUGGAAACUGCCACGAAGUCAGGCAGCAGCUUCACCUUCCUCAAGGCGCUGCUCAUCCUUCCUCAGGAGCAGACCUCCACAGUGGUCCCUCCCUCCGUGUCAUCCACCACCGGAUUCCUCUCCAAAACCCCCUCCGAGCCCGUCAUCGUUCGCUUAUCCACCCUUGGAUCCACCGGAGUUGUGCCCAACGUUGGCUUGCGAUUUGACUACGCAUCCAAGGAGCCCGGCACAACUCCCUUUUUCUCCCUCUAUUUCUCCGACCUCGUGGGGGCAUACCCUAAGGGCGUCCCCAAGGCCAACCUGGUGCAGAGCUACGGCAUCUACAUUGGAGAGGACGGCACCAUCUACCCUGGCCAGGGGUAA